AUGGUAGCCACCGUCUACCCCCCGGCUGCGGCCCGCAUCGUCGGCUCCGAUGACGAGGGCCUCAUGGCUCUCGAGAUGCCGGAUGGCUCCGUCUACCAGGGGUACAGCUUCGGUGCUCAGAAGAGCAUCGCCGGAGAGCUUGUUUUCCAGACCGGAAUGGUGGGGUAUCCCGAGUCGGUGACAGACCCUUCAUACCGUGGCCAGAUUCUCGUCAUCACCUUCCCUCUGGUCGGUAACUACGGUGUGCCCUCGCGCGAGACCGUCGACGAGCUCCUGGGUGACCUGCCCGCCCAUUUCGAGUCCUCGCAGAUCCACAUCGCCGGUCUCGUCGCCCACUCGUACUCGGGCGAGGACUACUCCCACUUCUUGGCCGAGUCCUCUCUCGGCACCUGGCUCAAGGAGCAGGGCGUCCCUGCCAUCUACGGCGUCGAUACCAGAGCCCUUACCAAGCGUCUGAGGUCUCAGGGCAGCACCCUCGGCCGUUUGUUGCUGCAGAAGAAGACCCUCACUAACGGCACCGCCAACGGCCACGUUAAUGGUGUUGCCUCGUUCUCCCUUGACGACUUCCAGACAGUAGACUGGGUGAACCCCAAUGAAAAGAACCUCGUAGCUGAGGUGUCCAUCAAGGCCCCCAAGCUGUACAAGCCUCCCUCGAGCGUCGCCGUAAAGAAGCACCCGUCCGGCAGGCCCAUCCGUGUGCUGUGUCUGGAUGUUGGUAUGAAGUACAACCAGUUGAGAUGCUUCCUGAAGCGUGGUGUUGAAGUCUUGGUCUGCCCCUGGGAUCACGACCUGGUGAAGCAGGCCGGCGAGGAGUACGACGGUCUCUUCCUCUCCAACGGCCCUGGUGACCCGGCCAUGCUCGAGACCACCGUCAAGAACAUCCAGGCUGCCAUGGACAAGACCAAGACCCCGGUCUUUGGUAUUUGCUUGGGCCACCAGCUGCUCGCCCGCGCCUCGGGGGCCAAGACCGAGAAGAUGAAGUUCGGCAACAGAGGCCACAACAUCCCGUGCACGAGCAUGAUCUCCGGAAAGUGCCACAUCACCUCCCAGAACCACGGCUUCGCCGUCGACUCCAAGUCCCUGACUGCCGACUGGAGGGAGCUCUUCGUGAACGCCAACGACGGCAGCAACGAGGGUAUUGCCCACCUGUCUAAGCCCUACUUCAGUGUGCAGUUCCACCCCGAGAGCACACCUGGACCUCGCGACACCGAGUACCUCUUCGAUGUCUUCAUCAGCACCAUCCAGAACUGCGCCGCCGAUCCCAAGCUGCUCAACGCCCCCGUCAGCUUCCCCGGUGGCACCAUCGAGGAGAACGAGCGUCUCCACCCCCGCGUCCACCCCCGCAAGGUGCUCAUCCUGGGCAGUGGUGGUCUCAGCAUCGGACAGGCUGGAGAGUUCGACUACUCCGGCUCUCAGGCCAUCAAGGCCCUGAAAGAGGAGGGCAUCUACACUGUCCUCAUCAACCCCAACAUUGCUACCAUCCAGACGUCCAAGGGUCUCGCCGACAAGGUGUACUUCCUCCCGGUCAACGCCGAAUUCGUCCGCAAGGUCAUCCAGUACGAGAGACCUGAUGCCAUCUAUGUCACAUUCGGUGGACAGACCGCUCUGCAGGUCGGUAUCCAGCUCAAGGACGAGUUCGAGGAGCUCGGCGUCAAGGUCCUGGGUACCCCCAUUGAUACCAUCAUCACCACCGAAGACCGCGAGCUCUUCGCCCGCAGCAUGGACUCCAUCGGCGAGAAGUGCGCCAAGUCUGCCUCUGCCAGCAACGUUGACGAGGCCAUGUCCUGCGUCAAGGACAUUGGCUUCCCCGUCAUUGUCAGAGCUGCCUACGCUCUUGGUGGUCUUGGCAGUGGCUUCGCCAACAACGAGGCCGAGCUGCUCGACCUCUGCAACAAGGCCUUCGCUGCCAGCCCUCAGGUGCUCAUCGAGCGCAGUAUGAAGGGCUGGAAGGAGAUUGAGUACGAGGUCGUUCGUGAUGCCCAGGACAACUGCAUCACGGUGUGCAAUAUGGAGAACUUUGACCCUCUCGGUAUUCACACUGGUGACUCCAUCGUUGUUGCUCCCUCUCAGACCUUGUCUGACGAAGACUACAACAUGCUUCGUACUACGGCUGUCAACGUUAUCCGCCACUUGGGCGUUGUCGGAGAGUGCAACAUUCAGUAUGCCCUGAACCCCUUCUCCAGGGAGUACUGCAUUAUCGAGGUCAACGCCAGAUUGUCCAGAUCCUCUGCCCUUGCUUCCAAGGCUACUGGAUACCCCUUGGCCUUCAUCGCUGCCAAGCUCGGUCUCGGCAUCCCCCUCAAGGACAUUGCCAACAGCGUCACCAAGUCCACUUGCGCCUGCUUCGAGCCCUCGCUCGACUACGUUGUCGUCAAGAUGCCCCGUUGGGACUUGAAGAAGUUCACCCGUGUUUCCACUCAGCUGGGCUCUUCCAUGAAGAGUGUUGGUGAGGUCAUGAGCAUCGGCAGAAGCUUCGAGGAAGCCAUUCAGAAGGCCAUCCGUGCCAUUGACUUCCACAACCUUGGAUUUAACGAGACCAAGGCGUUGAUGUCCAUCGAUGACGAGCUCCAGACGCCUUCCGACCAGCGUCUGUUCGCCAUCGCCAACGCCAUGCACUCUGGCUACACCGUCGAGAAGAUCUGGGAGCUCACCAAGAUCGACAAGUGGUUCCUCAACAAGCUCAAGGGCUUGAGUGACUUCGCCAAGAAGAUGUCCAACUACACUACCAGCGACAUCUCCAAGUCUCCCGACAUCCUCCUGCAGGCCAAGAGACUCGGUUUCUCUGACCGCCAGCUCGCCAAGUUCUGGAGCUCCAACGAGAUUGCCGUCCGCACCCUGAGACAGGAGGCUAGCAUCAUGCCUUUUGUCAAGCAGAUCGACACGGUCGCUGCCGAGUUCCCUGCUCACACCAACUACCUGUACCUCACCUACAACGCCACUGAGAGCGAUGUGUCUUUCGAGGACCACGGCAUCAUGGUCUUGGGCUCCGGUGUCUACCGUAUCGGUUCCUCUGUCGAGUUCGACUGGUGCUCCGUCCGCGCCAUUCGCACCCUCCGCCAGGAUGGCUUCAAGACCAUUAUGGUCAACUACAACCCUGAGACCGUGAGCACUGAUUACGACGAGGCCGACAAGCUCUACUUUGAGGUUAUCAGCCUGGAGAGCAUCCUCGACAUCUACCAGCUGGAGAACGCUGCCGGUGUCCUCGGUGCCAUGGGUGGACAGACCCCCAACAACAUCGCUCUGCCGCUGCACCGCGCCGGCAUCAAGAUUCUCGGUACCUCCCCCGAGAUGAUUGACAACGCUGAGAACCGUUACAAGUUCUCCCGUAUGCUGGAUACCAUUGGUGUUGACCAGCCUACCUGGAAGGAGUUGACCAGCUUUGAGGAGGCCAAGAAGUUCUGCAAUGCUGUUUCCUACCCUGUCUUGGUGCGACCUUCGUACGUCCUCUCGGGUGCCGCGAUGAACACUGUCUACUCUGAACAGGAUCUCGAGAACUACCUUGCCCAAGCUGCCGAGGUCUCGCGCGAGCACCCCGUCGUCAUCACCAAGUAUAUUGAGAAUGCCAAGGAAAUUGAGAUGGACGCCGUUGCCAAGGACGGUGUUGUCAUUGGCCACUUCAUCUCCGAGCAUGUUGAGAACGCUGGUGUCCACUCCGGUGACGCCACCCUCAUCCUGCCUCCCCAGGAUUUGGAGCCCGAGACCAUCGCCAGAAUCGAGGAGGCCACUCGCAAGAUUGGUGCUGCCCUGAACGUCACUGGUCCUUUCAACAUUCAGUUCAUUGCCAAGGACAACGACAUCAAGGUCAUUGAGUGCAACGUCCGUGCCUCCCGAUCCUUCCCCUUCGUCUCCAAGGUCAUGGGUGUCGACAUGAUCGAGAUGGCCACCAAGGCCAUCACUGGCCGGCCGUUCGAGGCCUACCCCCCGACCACCAUCGCCCCCAACUGCGUCGGUGUCAAGGUUCCCCAGUUCAGUUUCUCGCGUCUCUCUGGCGCCGACCCCGUCUUGGGUGUUGAGAUGGCUUCCACUGGAGAGGUCGCUUGCUUCGGUGUUGACAAGUACGAGGCCUACCUCAAGGCUUUGAUGUCUACCGGCUUCAAGAUCCCCAAAGCCAACAUUCUCCUGUCCAUCGGCUCCUACAAGGACAAGAAGGAGAUGCUGCCUGCCAUCGACAAGCUCGCUCGCCUCGGCUACAAGCUGUUCGCCACCGCGGGUACUGCCGACUUCCUUCAGGAGCACAACAUCCCCGUUCAGUACCUGGAGGUUCUCGCCAACGAGCAGGAGGACCAGCGCUCCGAGUUCUCCCUGACGCAGCACUUGGCCAAGAACAUGAUUGAUCUUUACAUCAACUUGCCUUCCAACAACAAGUACCGUCGUCCUGCCAACUACAUGAGCAAGGGUUACCAAACCAGACGUAUGGCCGUUGACUACCAGAUCCCUCUGGUAACCAACGUCAAGAACGCCAAGAUCCUUGUUGAGGCCAUCGCCCGUCACUUCGCCCUUGAGGUCGGCAGCCGCGACUUCCAGACCAGCCACCGCACCAUCUCUCUGCCUGGCUUGAUCAACGUUGCCACCUUCGUUCCCGGCAUUGCCACCGCCGGCAGCAAGGAUCUCCAGGCUGUGACCAAGGCCUCGAUCUCUGCCGGCUUCAGCAUGGUCCGCAUCAUGCCCGUCGGUGUUACCGGCUCCAUCACGGAUGCCAUCACCUUGAAGAUCGCCCAGCAGAGCAGCAAGCAGGGCGGAUACUGCGAUUACAACUUCUCCGUCACUGCCACCUCUGACAACGCUGACCAGAUCAGCCACGUCACCGGUGAGGUUGGAUCGCUGUUCAUCCCCUUCAACCACCUGUCUGGCAACAUCAGCAAGGUUGCCGCCGUGACCGCCCACUUCGACAAGUGGCCCACGCACAAGCCUAUCGUCACUGACGCCAAGCUCACGGACCUGGCCUCCAUCCUGCUCCUGGCCAGCCUGCACAACCGCAGAAUCCACGUCACCUCUGUCUCCACCAAGGACGAUAUCAAGCUCAUUGCCCUCAGCAAGGCCAAGGGCUUGAAGGUGACCUGCGACGUGUCCAUCUUCUCUCUCUACCUUUCGCAGAACGACUUCCCCGACUGUGCCCUCCUCCCCACGGAGGCCGACCAGGCUGCCCUCUGGGCUCACCUCAGCACGAUUGACGUCUUCUCCAUCGGUAGCUUGCCGUACCAGCUCGCCAGCUCUCUGGGCAAGACAGCGGAUCCGUCCGUUGGCAUCGCCGACGCGCUGCCCCUUCUGCUCACUUCCGUGACUGAGGGCAAGCUGACCGUCGACGACAUCAAGAACCGCCUCUACGACAACCCCAAGGAGAUCUUUGAGCUGCACGAGCAGGUUGGAACGAGCGUCGAGGUUGAGAUUGACCGUCCCUACGCUGUCCACAACACCAACGGCUGGUCUCCCUUUGCUGGUCGCACCAUGCGGGGCUCCGUCCAGCGCGUGACCUUCCAGGACCAGACGGUCUGCCUGGACGGUGAGCUGCUGCCUCUGCCGGCCUUGGGCAAGGACAUGUCGACCCACGGCGCUCUGCCCAUGUCGCCCGCCAUCAAGCCCCAGCUUCAGUCUCUCACCCACCCGGACAGCCCUAGGGACCGUCGCCCGUCGUUGUUCAACAGCACCAGACCCUCGAAGCUUCGAUCUACCGAUGGCUACCUGCCCAACAAGAGCAUGAGCGGUUUCGAAGACCUUGGUCUUCCCGCUCCCCUGCACCCGAUUGUCGGCUCCAAGCUUCAGGACCUGCUGUCGCAGCCUUCGUCUUGGAAGCACCACAGCGUGUUAUCGGUCAGCCAGUACACUCGUGCUGAUCUGCACCACCUCUUCACCGUCGCCCAGCAGAUGCGUCUUGGCGUUCAGCGCGAGGGUGUCUUGAACAUCCUCCGCGGCCGUGUCCUCUGCACCCUCUUCUACGAGCCGUCCACUCGCACCUCGGCCUCUUUCGACGCCGCCAUGCAGAGACUCGGUGGCCGCACCGUGGCCAUUGCCACCUCUCACUCUUCUGUCCAGAAGGGCGAGACUCUCCAGGACACCCUCCGCACCCUUGGCUGCUACGGUGACGCCGUUGUUCUCCGCCACCCUGACGAGCACAGCGUCGACAUUGCCAAGAGAUACGCUCCCGUUCCCGUCAUCAACGGCGGCAACGGUAGCAAGGAGCACCCCACUCAGGCCUUCCUGGAUCUCUUUACCAUCCGUGAGGAGCUCGGAACCGUCCAGGGCCUGACCAUCACCUUCGUCGGUGACCUGCUCUACGGCCGUCCCGUCCACUCGCUGAUCUACCUCCUCCGUGACUACGGCGUGCAGGUUCAGCUCGUCUCUCCCAAGGGCCUUGCGUUGCCUGCCGAUGUGCGCAAGUUCUUGGUCGAGUCUGGACAGCUCUUGUGCGAGUCUGAGGAGCUCACUCCCGAGAUCCUCGGCCGCAGCGACGUGCUCUACUGCACUCGCGUCCAGAAGGAGAGAUUCCCGUCGGUGGAGGAGUACGAGAAGGUCAAGAACUCGUACCGCAUCGACAACCGUACGCUCAAGUCUGCCAAGAGAGAUAUGUGCAUCUUGCACCCUCUUCCCAGGAACGAGGAGAUUGCUCCCGAGGUUGACACCGACCAGCGGGCGGCUUACUUCAGACAGGUUACACAGAUGAGAUAUGGUCUGUACUGCCGCAUGGCGUUGCUUGCGUUGGUUAUGGCACCAUAG